AUGUCGUUAGCUGCUUCUUGUGGAACAAUUCCUCCAGUAGAAAGUAAUUACUCACCAAAGGGUGUAAUUAAAAAUGUUUCCGAUUUAGAUGUUUAUACUGUGGUUCCUGACUCAUUCACUGAAGCUCAAACUAAAAAUGCGGUUAUAAUUUGUUAUGAUAUUUAUGGAUUUCAUGAAAAUGUAAAACAAUUUUGUGAUAUAUUGGGAAGUCAAGGCUUCCUUGUUGCAUUACCUGAUUUCUUUCGAGGGGAUCCUUGGACUUCUGAAAAAAUUAAGGGCGAUAACUUUAUGGAAUCGUUACGUGCAUGGUUAGGUGAAAAGGCACCUCCUGAAAGAGUUCAACAACAUACCGCACAAAUUGUAGAACAUCUUCGCAAGGAAUAUGGAGUUCAGAAUUUUGGAUUUAUCGGAUUUUGUUGGGGUGGAAUGAUCGCUUCUAAAAUGUCCAAAGAUCCUACAUUUGAUGGUUGUGUAUUAAUUCAUCCUGGAAUGUUGUCAAUUGAAGACUUUAAGGAGAGCAAAUGUCCUAUUGCGUUUAUACCUUCUAAAGACGAACCUGAUCUUGAAAACUUGUAUGUCAAAGAUCCAGCUCUUACCAGCAAACCAUUUGCUAGCAAAAUUGUUCAUCGUAGAUUUGAUUUGCAUCAUGGUUUCGCAGGUGCCAGGGGUGAUUUCAGCAAAGAAGAUAAUGCUAAAAGUGUAAACGAAGUUAUUAAAAUUACUGUAGACUUUCUUAAUGAGAAUUUAGGCGUGAAAUAUUAA